UGUAUGUCAGGAAAAUAGCUACUGGAUAAAAUUUAGAUUGGAUUUGGGAUACAUUUACAAAUUUACAAAUAUUAGGAGAUUCAUUACAUGAUGUAAAGGUUUUUAUAUUUUGGUAAUAUCUGAAUAUACUGAAUUCAAAAGGGAUAAUUUAUAAUAUAUUCCAAGAUCAUGUCAGAAGAGAAAGUUUUGGAGGAGGAGAAUGGCCAAGUCAACUGUGGUGGAUCAGUGGUCAGUGAUCAUUCGGAAACAGAAAUUCUCGAUGUUGUUCAGCCACCAUUAUUUGGUAGAGGCAUUUGUAGAGAUGAACCCUUGUCAAAAACCGGCAAAAAGUUACAACUGUUUAAAAUGUUAUGUCUGACUGUAAUACCUAUCAUAGGUUUAUGGGGUUAUACUGUAUAUACUUUAGCAGAUAUACUGAACAGUAGAGCAGAAAAUGACAAGCAACGAUCCUCAGUCUACUACAGUAUUGACGUGGGACAAUUGGUACAUCGACUCCAAGUAGAACGUGACAUGAGUGUAUUAUACCUUAGUGAACUUGGACCAGAAACUAGAACUUUUCUUUUGGCAGAAUACAUCAAUACUGAUCGAACAAUUGAUCGAUUGUCAUACUGGCCCGGUGAUUUGGACAAAGCUAACGGUGCCAUGUUUUUAUCAAAGGCAAAUUUUAGAGAUUACCUGGCAGCACAUCGACAGAUUCUAAGUCGCGACCAAUUUUCGAUUCAAGACGAAAUUGAUUUCUAUUCGCGUAUUAUCGACACAACAAUUUAUUGGUUAUACAAUACGAUCACAGAAUCCAAAUUUUCUUUAGUAUGGAAGAUACUUGUUGCUUAUCAGAAGCUGGCAAGUGCUAAAGAAAACGUUGGUGUAGAGCGGGCGUUAGGUACCAUGUUCUAUUCAAGAGGAGGUUUUGAGUCUCAUUCGUACUUUGAAACGUACAAUAAAAGACUUCACAGUUUUCGUGCACAUAUGAAAACAGCUGGAAUGUACUCUGAAUUCGUAAGACAAAUAUACAACGUCGGACUGCGAGAACAAAACAACGGUACUAACAUCACAUCAAUCAUCGAAAGUUUCAGAACUGAAAUUCAAAACGUGGAAAAUACUUCAACAAUUGAUAUUGCCAAAUCAAGAUACUGGUUUGAUAAUAUGACCAUUUAUAUGGAUACUUUACUUGACAUCCAAACACAGAUGGCUCAGAAAGUAAUUAAAAUCUUAGAUGUAGCCAUCGAAGAUUUGACCAUUGACCUAGCCGUAUACGCCAUUCUACUUGUUGUGGUUAUCCUGAUGUGUCCCUUGGUCAUUUUGGCAACUGAAAGUCUGACUAGUAGUAUUCAGAUUUAUGCAUUGACGCUUGUUGAUAAGACUAAUGAGUUAGCUAGUGAAAAGGCUCGGAAGGAUGGUUUGCUAUACCAAAUGGUACCAAGGCAAAUUGCUAAUCGCUUGAAAAAGCAAAAGAAAGUGGAAGCCGAAUACUUUAAGUCAGUAACCGUGUGUUUUGCUGAUGUGUAUGGUUUUGGUCAUAUUACGGUCGAACUCACACCCAAAGAAUUGAUAAUAUUGCUUGGAUCCUUACAUAAUACUGUUGACAACAUUUUGGAAGAAUUCGACGCGUUCAAAGUAGAAACGAUUAAUGACAGCUUCAUGGUUGCAUCAGGACUGCCACAUAGAAGUUCAGAUCGUCAUGCAACUGAAAUAGCAAAUUUUUCCUUGAAAAUGCUUAAUACAGUGACGGAGAUGAAAUUCUGUAAUGGGCAUAGAACUAUAAAACUGAGGAUUGGAAUACACACAGGUCCAUGUAUGGCUGGAAUUAUAGGAUUCAAAGUACCCAAAUACUGUUUAUUUGGGGAGACUAUCAACUUGGCAACAAGAAUCAAAGCCAAUAGCACACCUAACAAGAUACAUAUCAGUAACACAACAAACACGAUCCUCAGUAAAUACAGAGAAUUUAAAAUUGAAAAGAAAGGAGAAGUAACUCAGCAGGGAAAAACGGAUAUCAUAACUUACUGGCUCGUCAGAAAAAGUGGUGAUGCAAAUCAUCGAGUUCACGAACUUGAUACAGAUAAACGACAAGGAAGGCAGGGAGACGGGAAUGAAGAAGACUUUCCAGGGGAAAUUGCCGCAGUUCAAGAAUCAAAUGAAUACGUGCCUGCCAAGAGCAAUGGAAAGUCUAAAGAGGACAACAGAAACACAGCUAGAGUUGCACCAACAGUCGCAGAAAAAGAAAAAGAGAAAAAGGCUAUGAAAAAGAUGAAGAUACAAAAAUAAAUAGUUUUUCUGGGUUUUUUUAUAGACAGUUUGUUCCAAUAUUUUUGUAAAUUUCUUAUUUGUAGAGUUAACACAACGUUUCAAAUUGUAUGUUUUUGUUUUAUAUUGAACAAUGAGGUUUGAAUUAACAUUGAUACAUUCACUUCAAACUGACAUGUUCUCGUUUAAAUGAUAUUUUCCGUUAUCAUAGAAUUCAUUUAAAGUAACAUUUCUUAAAUUCAAAUCCAAAAAUAUAGAAUAUUUUUUGCAUCCAAAUACUUUUUUUCGUGGAUUUGUCAAGAUUAUGUGAAAUUAAACAUAAACAUAAAAACAUAAUGAGAUAUUGAAAAUCCUAUUGAAAUUGAAAUACAAUGCAUUCAUGCUGCAAUAUGCAGCGCUGGUUUUAUAUGGAUAAUUUGAAAUUUACCUACUUAUUAACUUUCGGAUUUGUUUUGUCGAAGCUCAUCAGUUAUGACCUUUAUACAAAUAUGUUGUUUUAACAUUACCUAUUAUAAUUGUUAAAUGAAUUGGUGUAUUAUUAUUUUUCUUUCAGAAUCUGUAUAUUCUAUCAUUAUUCCAUUUUUGUUUACUUUUUCUUUCAUUACUUGCGUUAUGCGUUUGUCAAUUUUCUAAGGAAAGUGUUAUGGCAAGGCAUUACAUCCGGAAAAGAUUGGAGAAUUACAGUACUGGAAAAUAAAAGCCUGAUAGAAGAACGUCUCUGAAGAUUUCAAUAGACUAAAUGAUUUUCUUUUGAAAGAAUGUCUAUAUACACAUGUUUUACAUUAAAACUUAGCCUUCCAAAUACAUAAAACAUAUUCCUUCAUUUUAUUACAUUUGAAGGAACAUAUUACUUUUAUUAGCGUACCAUAUCAUUAUAUCUGUUUUAUAUAACUUUUUUUCUUCAUAAACCUCAAAUUGAAAAAAGUAUUGAACAACCCUUACUUUUCUCACAAGCCAAAGUAUUUUAAAAUAUAAUAUUUCUUGCCCCGAAAGUAUAUAAAUCAUGCAAUUGAGCUAUCGACAAGUAUAAAUAGAUAAAAAGAAUUGACGAAAAAUAGCAAAUAAAAUUAAGUACUUUUUUGUCAAACAAUAGGAUGUUUUGGAUAUUAAAAAUGAACAAUACCACUUAGUAGAAAAUUUCAAUAGAAUAAUGACUUUUUCGGUACGCAAUAAUGUGUGUCAGUUGUGGUAAUAACUACAACAAUGUUUAACAGGGAGUGCUACCAGCGUACACAAGAAAUCAUAGAUGAGAACCAUAUUCUAAUUGCAUGGUUGAAUUGUUUAAAUUGUUGUUGAAGUAAAUUUGCCAUUCAUGGUGCACACUUUGAGAUAAAUCAUCGAUUGAGUAAAUCGGGAUAUAAUUAGUCGUCCAUCAUGGUACUUGAGAGUGUACCGCCAUUUUAAAAUAAGCUCAAGUUUUGCAGCAAGACCAUAACACCAUUGAUUUCAAAGUUUUAACCAUGAAAUUAAAAGACGGUUAAUUCGUUAAGAUGUAGGAACAGUAGUUUCACUCGGAGAUGGUUUUUGGUACGUUUUUGUCACCAUCGGAACAAUUCCGUUCCAAAAAAAAAUAAUAAAUUUAUUGAACCUUUACAUCUUGUUUGUAAUAGAUGAAGUUGAUAAAAUUCGAUAUUUUUCUUCAACCUUUUAUGUCAAUUAUGACAAUGGUCUUAUCUAUAAUUAAAUGGUCUUAUUUGUAUAGUUUUGAAGCCAGGAAUACUAUUUUUUGUUAUAAUACUUUGAUUUGAGAGAGAGGGAACAUCUGGAUGGUGCGAUACUUUUACCUUUCUAUGUGUAUACAUGGCUAUUAUUAUGUUUUCUAUGAUUGUUUGUGUUGUAAAAUUAUGUAUUACCCUUCAUUAAAAAGUGUAAUGCAGUUUUCUAGUAGCUAACAGAGAAUCUUUAUCAGCCAUUUUUAUUCUUCACAAAAAAAUUUUUUUAGUCACUUUUACCCAAAUAAAAAUCAUAUUUCAAUCUGGUCAAUUUAAGUAAGUGAUUAGCAAUAUUCAGAAAGGUAACUCCACCGGAAACAUUAAAUAAAAAUAUUUAACUCCAUGACAAGCCCAAUAAACUAUUGAAACCCAAUAA